AACAUCGCGUAUAUAUGAAACAUAAACAGGAACCAAGGAACAAACAUGGAAAUCGAGUGUCAUCUGCAUGGAGAGGAAGACGAUAUUGGUUGAUUUGUGUUUUACGCCGGGAGAGGAAGACGAGCAGGCGGAUCAGUCAACUGACAAUAACCACAACUAUAAUUAUGUUGCUUGGUAUAAGGUGUAAUCUCGUGGAGCAGAUGAAUUUUUGACCGCUCUUAUUAGUUAGAAGUUUAAUCUAUGAUCGACCUCUUCAUGAGAAAUAAUAUAUAUAUUAAGUUUAUUCUGCAUUUUACUCUCACCCCAUAACUUCCUUGUUAUCACGUGACUGGUUGAGUAGCUCCUUGGUCUGAUAAGAACAUACUCCAACCAUUCAAGUUUCAACGCAGAUAUCUCGCACUUUUUUCGACUCGAAAACAUCUUCAACGCACAGACCGUAAUGAACGGCUGUCUGCUACACAAAAUUCAAAUCCCUAGAUCGAAAUAUCUCGUUUGCAUUUUGGUUGAUGGACAUGAGUUGGUUUAUACAAGGUGUUUUCGCGCUGUAGUGUGUUUGUAAUUUGUAUUUGAGUAAGAAAUAAGACAACAUUUCAAAGAAUGCAGCAAAGAGACAGCAACAUAAUUACCUGUUUACCUGCCUACGUCAUAAACAAGGGAGGUCACGCUCGCGCAGUAAUUUUGCGCGUGACGUCGUAGAGCAGCAAUGGUAAUAAGCUAAUGAACCUUACUGAUAAUAAAACAGAUGCGAACAUGAAGACUUUGUUGUCUGUGUGCACCGAAAAUGGAUGAAAAAUCAAACAGACCUCAAACUGUCUCACUGAAGAGUCUGACUGAUGGACAAAGUCUGACUCUGAAAGGUUCUGGAGAAUAUAUCAUAGGGCUUACUGCAGAGGAUCAAGUUAAGUCCAAGAUUGUUGACAGUGAAGAUACUGAUGACAUAAUUGUUCCACUACUGAAGUUAACAGUCUGGAAGACAUCUGGUACCACCGUUGCUCCUAUCAGCAGGGAUCUACCUUGCAUGAUCAGUGGAGAACCAAUGAGUUCAGAGGUCAAUCUCAUAGCAGGCAGUGUAAUAGAAAUCGGGGACAAGCAGCUUGAAUUUGUGGAUGGCCCAGUUGCAGCCCCUAGACGCCGAUGCCUACCUCCCACCCCUGGCAGGCCCAUUCAGCCAAUGCCUCCGCCCAAGCCGCAGAGAGCAGGAAUCUGUGAGGAGAAGACACAUAACCAGGAGCCAGACAAGCCACUUUUACCAGAUGACUGGGUAGUGGUAGAUUUUCCCAUCUCUAAGGAUGUAAUGCUGAAGCAGAUUCAUGAGCCAGAGCAGCUAGCAAGUUUGGCAGCGAGCUAUAUGACCAAGCAUAUUCAUUUUCACACUGAUGCGUGUGUUAAUGCAGAGCUAACUGAUCAGGUCUUCAAGCUAAUGUUGGAAGUGGCAUACCAUCGACGAGAUAUCUUGCAGACCUUCAUCUCAGGGGUCAUGGUCAACAAGGAUAUGAAUCAUCAGAAAGAAAUUAAAGAGUUUAGAUCACUGCAUGCUAUUUUUAUUGUGCUCCUCAGAGAAAUAUUACAGCAGUUUUUGGAUCCUCCCAACCUGGUAGUGGUUAGCCUACAGAUACUCAGAGCUUUGAGUCACAUACCAGAUUCUGCACCUCUGCUUGUGAACUGUCAGGUGACCAGUGCAGUGUUGGGCAGUAUGGCAGCCCUGAAAUCUGCUGUCAUGGUGCAGCAGUACAGCUUGGAUAUUCUAGCUAAAAUAGCUGUCUAUCACCCAAGAAUCUCUGAAAAGGCACCUUUGCGUGAAUCAGCCAUAGAUCUAGUAUGCCUUUCCUUGGAAGCACACCAGGAGAAACUGACCAUUGCUCAGGCAGGCUGUCGAGUGCUGUCAACACUUGUGAACACUAUGUAUACAGUUCUUACUAAAAAUUUGGAUAAUGGAGUAAUAGCUUCAAAUGAACUCCAGGAGUUUGUAUCAAACCUAUUCAAUGUGAUGGAAUAUCUUUUCUCCAAGUGUGUCAACCCUGUUCAGAAGAUUCUAGAAAGUUUUGGCCAUGAUCUCACUAUCAAGUGUGACAGUCGUCAUUUCUUUUUCAUUUUCUCAAAGCUGGAACACCUAAAAACAAGAAAAGAACAGUGGAUAGCAGCAUCUUCCCUGCCAGUAGAACUAGAAGAAUCUCAUUUCUCAUCUUUGGAAGACAUGCCAGAUGGAGAUGCAGAGGACGAUGGGGAUAUUGGUAGUAGCAAAGGAAUAAUGAAACGGUCCAGAUCAUUUGAGAAUCUUCGUACUUCUGAACGUAAGGUUAAAUUUGAUGAGCAACCCGUAUCUUCUCUGUCUGCAUCUCCAGACGAUGUUUCUGAAGAGAUAUUGUCACAACAAUUACUUGGUGCUACUUUGCCAGCUUCCUCUUCUAACGGAAGACCUGCUGAAGAAAAUCACAAAAAUUGUUCCGAUAUAUUGUCACAUACACAAGCAGUUGGACAUCGGACAGAAGCAGAAGGAAUGGACUCAUCAUUCAACUUCAGAGAAGAGUAUGAAAACUGGGGUAGUCUUCUUGGGGUUCAACACAAAAAAGCAACCCUUGAAGACCACUCAUACUCGUCUGGGGAUAUUUUCUUUUUGAGACAGUUAACAAAGACACAGGUGUUGGUGCUUGUGUUUAGUCUGGCUGUCGAUGGCAAAGAGCGUCAGGCACUAAACCUUAUUGAGGAGCCGCUUAUCAAGAUAAUGACAUCUUCUGUGGUGCCACUUGGCAUACAGCAGUUUAUCAAGCGGCAGUACCAGGGAGAGGUUACACUUAUGGAUCUUGACCCAGGCCUUGUCGUCAGCAUAAUUGAUGCUGUGCGAUACAAAAGCCUGGCCUUUGAAAUGGCCCAGAAGAGUGUACUUGGUGUACUGCAAAAGCUUGAUGAUAGCCAGCAUGCAGCUGUUGUUGAUGUUGGGGUUGAGUUUCUUGUGGCCACCUUUGCCAGUCGACCUCUUGCGCCAGCUGUGACAGCUAAAGGGUUUGUUGAUCUGGUCUGCAAGGAACUUGAGCAUGCAUCAGAAGUCUCUCAAAACAGAUCAGCCCUGAAAUUCCUUAUGUCUGAGAUUAUGCUACGUGCUGAAAAGCCAUCAUCUUAACAAGUUUGUUAUUCAUUUUAUUAUCUGAAAAUAUACAUAGAAAAUAUCAAGUGGAAGUUCUUUUAUUACCAUUUCCAGUAGACAGGAAAUAUAAACAAAGGAAUUCUUUAAAGGAAAGUUGGUAACAAAAUAAAAAUUUAACAGUCUUUUCAAUGUUAGUUUCAAAUGCAGUCCAAAUCUAAUUAACUGGCAUGCCCUAAUUUCACAUUUUUUCAAUGUGAUGGCAUGCCAGUUGAAUAGAUUUGACUUGCAUGUGUUUUCAAAAAUGAGGGGACAAAACAGAAGUGUGUUUUUGCUAGAUUUACAUUUCUCUCAUUUCAAAAUUUUAAAAGAAUUAAUACACUUUUUUUAGCAUUGUUUAGAUUUUUUUUCAAGUGUUUUUCAUAGAUCACAAAAAACAACCCAAAUCUGGUAUAUUGCUAGUCUUAUUUGACAGAAACAAAAUUAUUUUAAAAUAUUUAAAAAUGUUCAUAAGGAUUUUGUUCAUUUACCUUUGGAAAAUUAUAUGGAAAAAUAAAUAGUACUAUAAGCAAUAGAUUCUCUAUUUACAUCAAAGUUUCAAAUGACCUAAUCAUACAAUUUUGAAGUCUUCUGUUAUCCUACACAUUAAUAGAAUGUCUUGUUUACGUAUUUAUGUCUAGUUUUCAUGAAUCAUUUCGAAGAUUCUUGCAGCUUUAAAAUUUUGUCUCACCAUGAUCUUGAACUUUUAGACCUUGCUAGUAUCACAUGAAGAGGUCGUGAAGAGAAGGGUGUAUUCACAGGAUAUUCUGUGUGUGUGUGCGCGCGCUGGCAUGUGAGUGUGUGUGUAUCAGUGGUGUUUGUGUACAUUUUUGUUUUGCUUUAUACCUUUCUUGUGUUAUGUUUGUUCUUUCUGACUUUGCCAUAUUCCUAUUUGAAGAAUUUAAAAAGUACUGAGGAUCUAUCAAACUGAUACAAUUUGGAUAGUCAUAUUUGGAUGAAAAAAUAAAUAACAGUGUAAGUUGGUGUUUAUUUAAAUUGGUUUUGUUAGUAUACAUUUUACCUUGAACUUUGUGUUGGUUGUCAAGUUUUUACCUUGAACUUUGUGUUGGCUGUAGAACUUACAAUUUUUAAGGAUGUACUAAUCAGGUCUCAGCUUAUUUUUGUCUUUUUACCACUAGCUUUCACUAUGGCUACCCCCCCAAAAAAAAAUCAAAAACAAUAUGACCGUUUCUUCAUGUAGCGGUGAUAUGUUCAUUUGAUAAGUGUUGUGAAGGGUAUAAAAAUGUUUUCAGACACAUAUCUGACUGUUUUGUUGUGCUUGUCUUGUUGUGCUGAACACAAGACCUCUUUGUCAUAAUUGCAUUCUGAUACUUGCUUUAUCAUGAGAAUGAUGGUUGUUGUUAGGAAAUGACUGUUUUGUUAAGCUUUUAAGUAGAAAUUGUUUAUGAAUGUGUGUAAUGAACAUGUGAUGAGAAUGUGAUAGCAUAGCAUAGCUAGUGUGGCACACGUGCAGGCCAUUGGUAGAUCACUAGCACUAGUCUUAAUUGUUAUCACAUUCCUAGCCUAUCCAUCAAGCAAGUGGACGUUUUGUGCUUGCUUAUGAAGUGAUAUAUCUUGUACAUUUUUUUUUAUUGUUUGUUGACUAGUAUACUUCUAUGCAGUUUCAUUACAGUCUUUCAGCUAAUAGUAUGAUGAAAAUGCAAAUUUGAUAGAUGGAUUAUAGUAUCAUAUUUGUGUACCUUGCUGAAUGGGGCAGGCUUCAGUAACAGGAACCAUUCAGUUAGGCAGCCGUUAUAACUCACUCACAGCAGUCGACUGUCUUCUCCUACUAUACCUGCCCAUGCUAUCACUGCUAUCUCAGCCUGACUGGUUUUCUGAACUAUGUCAAGAACAUGACAAGCCUUCUUACUGGCAUUGUCAACACUACGUACAAGAAAUAGAAAUUUAGUAGGAAAGAAGUUAUUUGUAAUCAUUGUCAUCAGUGGGGAAGUCGAUAUAUAGCAAAGUAGUCAGAGCACUUGCGUCUGAACUGAGAGAACGCUGGUUCUAAUCCUGAUUAGUGAUUAGUGCUGAUUAGUGCAGCAAGCUUUUCCAGCUGACGGGAAUGGAUACCAUAGAGGGUUGGGGAAAGUAUUUUACAGUUUGUUUGAAAUGGCAGUCUGAAUUCUGUAAGGCUUGCCAGAUCUAUGUCACACAGACAUGGCUGGAUGAUGUGCAGAAUGACAGCGUGCUGCUUUGAGGUUUUGCUGGCUCUUUUUGAGGAGAUAGAAAUCCAAACAAGACUAGGUACUGGUGUUUGCAUCUUUAUAUCAGGUCGUUUUUACAGAAACAUUACUAUUUGUGAGCAGAUGUGUACUAGAGACAUUGAACUUUUCUCGUUCUCGUGGAGGUGUUUUUAUCUCCCCUGAGGAGGGGAUAUGCAAGUAAAUUGUGCAUAUAUGGGUGUGGGUGUGAGUAAUGAGCUGACGCUAAAUAGAUGACUGAGUGAUGGUAAUGAAUUUCUUGUUUUUUUGUGAGCCUUCCUUUCAGAACACAAAGAUCUACUUGAUAAAAGAUCUUGUCUGUGUAAUAUUGAACAGUUCUAUUGCCCAAAGAAGGGCAUCAUUUGUGGAACAAUAAUCCUUGCCUAUUGAUAAAAAAAUGUUGGAUUCACUUGCAUCAUUUUUUAUAUUUUGAGUGCUGUUUUUUCUCUUAAUGCACUAAACAUCCUUUGUCAGAAAUUGUGUAUUUUUUCCUUGUUUUUUAUAAAUGAGUUUUAUACCAAUACUGAAGUAUUACAGGUGCUCGUAUGGUGCCGAGCUGAAGCAGUCAGCCAGAAAGGAGACCCAUUCAUCUUCUGUUUUCUUAGUUACCAGUUGUAAACAUGCCCCACCUAUUCCCGUUUGCAUGAGACAACUAUUAUAUGUUUUGGACACCCCGAUCUGUUUUGGGGGAGUUGCAGAGAAUUUCUGUGCAGAUUGGAGUAAGUGUUUAUGUAUUUGUGUAGCAUCCAUUUCCUUGUGGAUUACCUCUCUUCAUCAUAUCAUAGUAUGGAGCAUAGUUACAAUUGAUCUGCCUCACCAUGCAUAAUACUAAGACAUUUCUUUAGCAUUUAUGUUAUUCAAAAGGACUUGUACAGGGCUAGGUGGCGGCAAUGUUCAUGCUGAUCACAUCACAAAACAAUGGAGUCACAGUCACAUUUUUUUAAAUCAUUUUAUUAAUGCAUUUUAGCUAUUUUUCAUCACCAUGAGGACAAUUUAUUUAUUUCUAAUUGAUGCAUAACCAUUUAAAUCUAAAUUUAAAGGAGAUUUGUUUUCUUUGUAUAUUUUUACAUGUCUGUCUUGUCUAUCUACCAAAUAUAUGUAUUGUUUUAAUGGGGUAUUUUAUGCAUUCCAGGGUAACUAUAGCUCCAUCUUAUCCUUACAUUGUGAAUGAUUUUUUUUUUAGAUAUUGUUAAUUGUGUUUGAUACGUUUCACUGAACAAUACUAGUGUUAUUUGAUAGGUUCAUCAGACAUUACUAAUAUUGUUUGAUACGACUGUUGGAUGUUGCCAAUGUAAAAUGAUCUUCUGAUCAGGUUCUGCUAAGGCUGAUGUAUGAUUCCGUAGAUUUUUGUUGGAAAUAGUGAACUUUCAUUUAGAGACUUUGAAUGUGAUAUUGUUUUUUGAUAGUGUCUCCUGGGAAGAUGAUCAAGUAUUCUUGUCUGCCACUGGAUGGCUUGAUUCUACUUACAAUAACAAUGAAAUAACACUAUAAAUAGUAAAUAUUGAAUGACAAGUGGAAAACAUCUGAAGAACCUCAAAGGUCGAAGGUAUGGUUGCUGAGAUCUGUUCAUAAACUACUACAGCUUGGGUCCUACCCAAACCACACUAAAGCAGUAAACAGUAGUGAGGAAGGGAGAAGCAAGAUGGAAUGGUCAGUCAUGUCAAAGGUAUUGACUGCUUUAACAAGGUAUUGACACAUGUCCCUUAUCCAGCAAACAGUCAUUUAUAUCAUUUAUAAUCUAUAUUUAGCAAGAUCAUUUUUAAUGCUGUGGAAAGGGCAGAAAACAGACUGAGAUUGUUAGACUCUGUUAAGAGUUGUUUGCAUCCGAAACAGUUUUCAUCCCUUUUUAAAUGAAGAAUACUUGCUUAUUCUUUUUCCAACUUAAAUUGGAAGAAAAAAAACCACCUAAGAAAUUCACAAGUUCUUGGUCAAGCAUAAAGUUCAUUAGAACCCCACUACUAGAUCUUUGUGUUUUGUUACAUGAAAAAAAAAGUGCUGUCACAUAAUGUUUGUGCUCAAAGUAGAGCGUGUGGGGAAGGUUAUCAGACUUGAAGUUUACAUUCCUUGAUAUAUAUAUGUACUUGGUAAAUGGAAGAGUUUAUAUUGUUAUUUAAGUAAGUGAAUGAAAUUCAAAACAUGCUUGCUCCUGAUUACAAAAAGUUGAGGCAAGAAAGUUCUUCCAGCAGAGUGGGAAAAGGUCACAUAAAACAGUUGGAUGAACUGUGAGUGUGAUAUACUUCCAGUGAAGAGAGCCUGUCACUGUGUAAUCUCAGUGGGAAACUGCAUGCCUUUGCAUCAGAUAAUAAAUUUGACAAAGUUAAAUGCAAGCAGAAGAAUGCCAUUAUCAUUGUUUUGUAAUAUUGCUUUUUGCACAAAGGCCGCCUUAUCACAGUGGCAGUGCAGACAAAAGAUAAUUACAAAAGUUGAGGGACAUGAGAUGCUAAUAAAAACAGAAGAAGAAUCACCAAGCUGGGGUAAAUGAGAUUUUUCAGAUCACCAUUUAUACUAUAUCAGAAAUUAUGAAAUUUUGACAAUGAGAAUUUGUUAUUGAUAACAGUGAUCGAAGCUUUCAUUUUUUAAAAAAUUUCUUUUAUUUUAUUGAAUCAAUGAGUGAUACAGGUCUUGUGUAUACUAGUAUGUUGAAAUAAAUAUAUAAAUAAUGUGCAUUGAUGCAUAAAAGUUAAAAGUUUGAAAUAUAGCUUCAAAAAUAGGGUGGAUGUUUUCAAAUCUAACUGUCAUUUUAAGAUGUAAAUAUACGCAUUUACUGGACAUAUUUAUGUAUGCAGACGUAUUUUGGGAAGUAAAUUCGUGCCAUUAACUUGAUUUUCAAGUGUUAAUGAAAGGGUUAAGCACCAAGUUACAUUUCUUGCUUAUAUGAAUGGGGGGGGGGGGGGGAACUGCCUAUACUUUUUCAUGAAUCCAAUUUUAACUUGUGAAUGUGUGGAACAUUUUUUGCCUGUGAGCUACAUGAGAGUGUGUAUAUGAGAGAGAGGUAAGGCAGCGAGGAAAACUUUGUUUUUGAUGAUGUAUUUUCAAGUAAAAAGUAUUUCUAAAAGCAGUUGAAUGUGAGAACCUUUUGAUUCUGCCUUGGUAAUACCAGAGUGCUUUUUACAAGUUUCUUCUAUUCUGUAUUUUUAUUAUACAGUGGUACCUCAGCACUUGAAUUUCUCUGUGCUUCACCAUUUCUGGACCAAUUUUUUUGAAUUCUGCUUUAAUCCUUGACCCCCUGCUCAGCAUGCAACCUUUGUGCUAAAACACACUUACCCAUGAUGCUUCAGGGUGAAACAAAGUGGAAAGUUUCACUUUGUAGGUCAGUUUCAAGAGUAAAUACCUGCCUGGUACUGCAUUCACGAUCACAUAUUAUUUUAUUACUUUCAUAUAUAUAUAUACACACACACAUACCUAUUCCAUAUGGUUAUCAUGGUAGAAAUUUUCUAUUGCUAAAAGUGAAAGAAAAAGGAAAACAGUAAGAACAGUUGACUUGAGAAAAGAACCUAUUACCACGAGCUAAUAUCCCGACUGCUGGCAGACGAUUUUUUUUCCAGUAAACUGCUAAAAUGAGACAUUGGAGGACAUAGCUUCCGGUUUAUUCACAUUUCAGAUUAACUACUUAAACGAGGCAUUAGACGACAUAGCUUUCGGUUUAUUCAUAUUUUUGUUAUGGCUCACCGAGACUAACAGCGGAUCAUUUCGCAAGAGGCUAAGCGUUGGUCUUGGCAGACAGACAGCAAUCCACCUAUACAUGUCCUUGAUAUUACCAAGGGUGCAAGUGGCAUACGUGAUUAAUGUAUUUAACGUGAAUAAGCCAUUCAGAAUGGCAUUAUUAAGUUAAAGAUAUCAACAAUAUUGAAACAUAAACAAGCCAAACAUUCAAUGUAGAGAAAGAAAUAAAAGUGGUGACAAGGCAAAGGUUGAGAAGACAUAAUGGAUGGAAGAUAUGGAAAAGUUAUUAUUCAUGAGAAAAGCCUUCUAGAAAGAAGUGUGGUAGAGUGUGUAGAUACCACUGUAUUAAUAUUUUCCUUAUUAGUGUGCAGAUAUGAUUUAAAUUGAAGGCAUUUAAGGUGGAAAAAUAAUCUGCAUUGCAUGCCAUGCUGUACUUUGUAUGGGGCCUUGUUAGUGUUGAUGUUGCAAGAUUAAAAUUGCAUACCACCAUUUUUUCCUGUUUGUCAGCAUGCGAUCAUUAAAAAGGUAUUUUAAGUGUAAGUAUUUAGAAAUUACAUUUUUCUGAUAUAUAAAAGAAAGUAGUAAUUUUCUUCCUUUUGAUCUUAUGUAAUGGCUCAAGUCAUUUCAAAUAUAUCAUUUAAAUGGACAUUUAGAACCAUUCUAACAUUUUGAUGAUAGCAUAAACAGAAUAUUCCCUUUGAAAUCAGGAAAGGUUUUCUUUGAUUUACCCAAGAGAAAAACCACACAAAUCUAACUGCAUGAAGGAUGAGUCCCUUGCCUUGUGUUGGUAAUUAAAACUAAUAAAAAGAUAUAUCUUUUUUCGUAGCAUUAUUACUGCAUUAAUAGUGGGUUUUCGUCAAAAGUAUAUAUUAUUUCUUUUAGUUGAUUAAACUGGUAAAGCUUUUAUCAUCUUGUUAUUUAAACAAUUGUCCUUUUAGUAAAUAUAUACAUAUGGUUACUUUAUUCUAGGAUAUUUAAAGGUAUAAAAAUGAUUGUUUCUUUUUAUUCUUGUACAGUAAGAACAUUUAUUGACAUUGCUGCAGUUUCAAAAACUUUACAUGUUCCAUGUACACAUUUCAUGUUUGCUCUUUUAUGCAUAAUCAAUGCUAUCUUCAAAGAUGUUUUGCAGAGAAAUGGAUGUUUCUUUGUAGAACAGUUACAUGAUAUUGUUUUGAUGUAUUGCUAUUUGUUACUAAACAGGAAAAAAAAAA